GUGAAGGCCGGGUAGAGUUCGGGGGGAGAGAGGCAGGCAAAACCGUGUCAGGCAUCCCACACCCUGAGUAGGCCUACUGUAUGCACUCACAGAUCAAGUUCCACAUGCAAGUGCUAGGUUUCUCGAUUCAGCUGUUACUCAUUCCAUCCAGUUGCCAAGAAUGUGAACUUCAUAAGAAGAAACAGGUUCCAGUCACUGUCCAGGGAUCAGAGUCAAAUGCUCCAAGAUCGGUGCAGUGAGCAGUCAUGGACACUUCUGGCAGCAAGUUACAGCAGAAGGCUCUGCAGCAACCUAAGCAGAAGAAAUCCAAGUCGGCUGAAUUUCUGAUGGGCGAAAUGGAGGAGAGUGCUGUGGUGGAAGGCAUUGAAAACCCUGUCUUCGAUGGAAGCUACAGCACAGAGCUUUCAGCUUCUCGGGCUUCAGCAGGGAGAGAAAUUCAACGUGACAGGCAAGAUAGCACCCUUGCAGCUCACCAACAAAAAAUGGAGCUGCGAGCCCCUGCCAAACCAAGAGUUUCCACAGGAAAUGAGCGUGCCCGAAAUUACUUUGACCCAGCGCUGGUGCAGGAAACCAACCCAAGGCGGUGCGGGAUGGCGGAGGUCGGCACAGAAGAUGAGCUGGAAUUAAAAAUAAUGAACCAAGAUGAAAAGGGCCUAUAUCAGAAAAUGGCUGAAAUGCUGGACGCUGACGACGACACCACCAUCAUAGAGUUACCAGGUAUGGCGCUAGCCCACAGGGAGGAGGCAGAGGUGUGGAAGGUGAGGGCCGGUGAUCCAACGCUGCGUGUCGGUGCCGGUGCUGCAGGCCGUGGGCGCUUCAUGGCGGCAGUGGAAGAAGGGGAAGAAGAGGUGAUCCCCCGCUACGCCCAGCAGCUGAGGGAGCGCGUGCUGCCUGACAUGAUCACGCUUGGCAGCCUUUCACUGGAACAGGUCAGAGCCACAAAGAGGAAUAUCUAUGUCAUCUCCUAUAUUCACCAGCACAUGAGCCAUGUCCAUUACACACUCCGCCUAAUGGACAACACUGGCGCAGAGAGCCAGUUGCUGAAGGCGCUGAGGGAGCGCAAAGGUGAAGUGAUCGCCAAAUACGGCGAGAUGACAGAAGCCUCCGCAGCAGCAGAAUCACCGUGGGCCAGGGAGCCGGGCCUCGGCUGGCAGGUGGAGUGGUCGCAGAGUCCCCAGCCCAUGGAGGUGCGUGUGCGCUGCCUACGGGCAGUCAGGGACAAGCUGCCCAGGGGCCUCUACAGCCUCAGUGUGGCUCUUCAGAGCCGUCUGGGAGGCCCCGCCCUCACCUGGUCCUGUCUGAAGGAGGAGCAGUGGGCUGGGACCACAGAGCCCGUGGAGCACGGGGGCCACUUCUACGACACAGAGCUGCACGUCAACCAGAGCCUGUUCACCAUCCUGCCUGCGUCGUGUGACAUGCUGCCCUCCAUGGUCCUGCUGUUCAGGCUGCUGGACCUGACGGGGGAGCGGAGCCAGGUCGGCACCACACUGGGCUGGGCCGCCUUCCCUGUCUGCCAUGCCACCCUCACAACUGUCCAGGGGCGCUUCAAGACCCCCAUCCUCAGGGGGCUCCCGCACCCCCACCUCGACCAGUUCCGCAAGAUAGAAGGCCUUAUGUCAGCCGACCUGGACAACUGGCUGUGUAACCUGUACUUCCAGGUGAGGAAGCUCCCCAGUGGCAGCUCCAGAGGGGAUGAGGAGCACAGUGUCACCCUGCAGAUCCCUCCUCUCCUCGUCCCCCCUUCGCCCCCCCAGGCAGGCCCAAGCGGCUCCAGCCCCAGCCGGGGGAGAGGUGGCGUCAAGCCGUGUCACCGGGGGUCCCCUCUCCACCUGUCUGCCUCACACUCCUCCUCUGCCUGCUCCUCCUCCACUCUGCCAGGUAGGGCUCCCCCACCGUCACCCCCACCACCCCCUACUGCCAGCGGCCACAGUGGGGGACAAAUUAAACCUAAUGUCACAGACAGAGUGGCAGGUCUCCAUGGCUGUCAAAGGAGGUCAGGAAACAUCCUGGCCAACGCAAAGUACCAGUCCUCCACACCCACCUCCUCCACUCUACGAAAAGAAAGAGGGGGGAACAACAGAGAAAAUUCAGGUGAGGAGGUGGCUGGAGAAGAAGUGAACCUGAUCCGUACCUUGAGUAACGGAUCAAAAGGUGUCCCUCACAGCACCUCGCGGAGGCCCGUUAAGGCACCGCUCCGGAAGAACUCCACAGUAGUGGUCCCUGAGAAAAUAGAGGAGAUGAGAGAUCCCUACACAGAGAAAGCAGAGACAUGGAUGCACUACAAGAAGAAGCCAAUCAACAAGAUAAAUAGCUCGAGCGCCCAUGUGAGAGGGAGCGCCGCACCUCCACCGCUUCUGCAGGGCCAGGCUGACAAACAGGAGACAGCAGCUCCGGCUGUAGCAUCAUCGGAGAAGAGGGAGAAUCUCUGGGCUAAGGAGAUGGAGGAGUAUACGUUCUCCCUACAGCCUGUGCUCUCCUACAGAGGUGCUGGCGGUGGCGGCACCGGCAGUGGUAGCAAUGGUGGGGCUGCUGAGCGUACACAUUUGGCUCUCCGCAUGAUCCCGUCAGAGCUGGGCCUGUCACCGCGGCGCUGGGGCUGGCGCUCCUCCUCAGCAGCAGCAGCAGCACAGCUCUGCCUCAUUAUGCCGCUCCUGGCUUUGAUCUGGUUUGCGAGGCUCUACCUGCAUUACUGCAGCCAGUGGCUCUUCCUCCAGGCCAUCGCAGUUCCUGUCAACAAAUUCCAGUUCCAUGCUCACACCGUGGAGCUGGUCUACCAGAAUUCCUUGCUUCAUACCCGCGAGGAGUUGGCUAUGGUCGUGGUGGGACCUCUGACCUUGAACGCCGUAACGUUGCUGCUGCUCCUGAUCAGAUGGGGCUGUCAGCUAGCGUUUGGCUCACUCCCCUCCUUCACGUCAAACUUUAUCAUGGCUUUGGGAGUGUGGACAGUGCUGGACCCGCUGGCGGUCUUUGUCGUGGAUGCCAUCCUGGGGCGUCUGUCCUACAGUGCAGAGUCUCCUGUUGCGGAUGCAGCCAAGCUCUACUGGCACUUCUACCGUACCGACCAAUCAGGGGCAGCUGGAGUGGUCAUCACCCUCUUCCUCUAUGCCAUCCUCUUCCUCCUCUCCACCACCAUCCUCUACCUCUACUUCCUCAGACUCCACAACGAGGGGCGCAUGCUGGACAUCUUCCAGCGUCUCAGCGUGACCGAGGGAUCCUUCUUUGUCCCCCGGGACCUGGAGGUGUCCAACCAGGAACUAGGCUACAUCAUCCAGAAGGCCGAGCAGUGGAGGGGCUUCAACGGAGAAAGACGCAAGGUGUCAGUGUAUGACUACAUCUGGACAGAGGAGGGCCCCUUGGCGGGCUGUGCCCCCCCCAGGGGCGACCCUCGUGGGGCCGUGCCCACUGCAGGGGGUGAGAGCAGUACCCACGUGUCUGUCUACACCCUCUACCUGAGCGGGCAGCGCCACCGUUACAGGCACUUCCUACGCCAGCCGGACGGUGCCAUCCUAGAGGUGAUUGGUGACAUGGACGGGGCAGAGCCUCCUCUCAGCACUAUGCCCCGCCCAGGUCAGAGGACACCAGAGGUGAACCAGGAAGACGAAGGCCCAACCUCCACCCUCCAACUCAGGGAGAGGAAAAGGAGGAAGCCUGUUUGGCGUACUCAUCGCGUCGAGCCAGUAGGAGACAGUGGGCAUGGCUCGAGCUGCACUGCAAGGCCUUAG